AUGAGCGGGGUGGCCACCAUGUCCGAGGACGAGCACACGCUGGAAGAUAUUUCGUGGGAUGAAAUCGACAAGCUAAAGUACUAUAUAGUAGGGCCGACCAUGUUCCUGGCCGUGAGGGCUGCCGUGUACCCAUCCAACCUGGUGAAGACGCGACUGCAGGUCCAGUCCAAACACAAGCCACUCUACUCGGGCACGGCAAACGCCUUCGCCACCAUCUUCCGGCAGGAGGGUGCUCGUGGUCUUUACAAGGGUUUCGGAGCCAGCACAGCUAACGUACUCACUGGCAAUCUGUACAUAUCGGUUUACGAAAAGUCGCGCAAGGUCGUCAAGGAUCACACGACGGUGGGCGACAAAGGAGCCAACUUUGUCGGUGGAGCCAUAGCGUCGCUCGUCUCGCAGACGGUCGUGGUGCCACUGGAUAUUGUGUCACAGCGGAUGAUGCUGAGCGGCCAAGGGCAGGACGUGCGCAAGACAAGAGAACACUCCAAGGGCUUCCUCACUGUGACCAAACAGGUGCUCCGCACUGACGGCAUCCGCGGCUUCUACAGGGGAUACGUGCCGUCCAUCGCGACGUACGCGCCGUCAUCCUCGAUCUGGUGGGGGUCUUACGGCCUGCUCGUACCCGUGUAUUUUAACUUGAUGAAGUCGUGGCCCACAGAUCCGUUCUGGAAAACAAGGUGCGUGCUGUACUGCAGUGGCGUGGUGGCGCAGGGACUGAGUGGUGCAAGUGCCGGUAUCAUCACUGGCAUUUUGACGAAUCCCAUGGACGUUGUGAGGACGAAGGCGCAGGUUUAUACGCAAUAUGGCGCCAUGGACACCCUCAAGUAUAUUUUAAAGAACGAAGGACCGAUGGGCCUCAUGACAGGUCUCUCAGCGCGGCUAUUGGCCAUGGGUCCGUCGGGCAUCCUCAUGGUUACAUCGUACGAGUUUGUCAAGCGCGUGAGUCGGAAGUCGCAGCCAACCGACACCGACGCGUUGCUCUAG